UACUCUCUCGGGGAUUAUGCCUUGUCCCCGAGGCCGGGGCCCGAGUGCAGAAUGCUGCGAUCCACCGAGUUUUUCCGCAGCAUCGAGUGUCCGUUUUACGGCGGCGGCUCCGGCUCCGGCUCCGGCUCCGGUUCCUCCUCCUCCUCCUCCUCCUCCUGUAACCGGCCUUAUUGUCACUUCAGGCACCGCAGCCAGAAGCCCAGGGAGAAGCCGGAGGGAGACGGGCAGCCUCUAGCAGCAGCCGACGGAGAGCUUGGUUAUGACCCUUACAAUCCUGAGCUUCCUAAGGGUUCAUCCAGAAAUGGAGAUGAAAUAUCAGCUGACCUUACGGAAUCCAGCUCCAGUACGCUGGAAUUGGAACUGGUCAACAAAGCCAUCGAGGCGGUCAAGAAUGAAGUUGAACAAGAGCAGAAAAAGCUGUCAAGAUAUGAGGAUCUUCUGGAUGCAGAGGAGGAGUAUGUGCCUUCAACACCAACUACACAGAAGGCACUUGGAAAGACCAAGAGUUGCACAAAGCUUUUACCUAUUGAGAAUAAGUUGACAAACUCUUUAGAAUAUAAUCCAGACAAUUACCGCCUAAAUAGUAACGUAGAGUACACCCCUACUCCACUUUCAAUUACUGCUCGUUUCAGUAAAUAUACUUUGGAUACAGAUGAUGAAGCUGAUGCAAAGGGUAAUUCAUUAAAAUAUGUUCCAACGCUUGUGACUAAGCCAGUCAAAUAUGCUACCUCUGUACCCAGUAAUAAAUAUGUGAUCGACAACACCAAGCCAUGCACUGAUUUAGAGUAUGAUCCUUUAUUGAACUAUUCAGCACGGCUGAUGAGCAAAAAAAAGUCAAAGGAACAUGGAACCAAGAGGCCCAGAGAGAACAGCUUGGAGGAGCCUUAUACAGCAGCAACAAAGAAGCGUUGCCAUCGAUUGAACUUGGGCGCCUGUGAUGUGGAUAUGGAGUUCCCAGACUCUGACGAUGAACUUAGUAAUAACUAUCCGCUAAGUCAUGGGGACACUUCAAAGUUUCAAAAUCCUGUGCUUUGUGACAAUAAGUCGGAUGAAGGAUUAUCUUUAAAGGCUAAAGACUUGAAUAAACGGUCUAUGAAAGAGAUUGCAGUUCAGUAUGAUGUAGACGAUGUUUGCGGCUUUGAGAGUAAACAACAGGAGAACAGAGGGAAACAGAAGUUGAAGUCUACCAGUCAUUCUUCUAAGAUUUCAAAAUAUAAUAAGGGAGAACUCCAAGGUCGAGAAAGUAGAGAGAAAAAGGAUAAAGGUAGUGACCUAGGUGGCUCAAAACUGACAGUGAAAAAGGAUAAAAUAGACAGCACUAAAAGCAAAACUUCCCACCAAUUGGACAAAGCUAGCAAGAAGGGGAAAAUAAAAAGCAAUAAAAACAGAUUAGAAAUUAAGCAAGAAAAACAAGUGGAGAAAUUGAAAAAAAAAGAAAAGAAUGGCGAUGUCUCAGUUGCUGAAAAGAAACGCAACGGUGAUGAGAAACAUAAGGUCAAAGAAGAAAAGCAAAAGAUUAAAAGUGAUGGAAGUUCUAGUAGAAAGAUAGAGAAAGGAAAAAUAAGCAAAUUGAAUGGGGCAAAAAGUGAAAAGCGAUCAAAAUCUAGAUCAUAUAGCUCAUUGGAUAGUGCAGAAAAAAUCAAAUGUCAUGAAGUUAUGAUCACAAGUAUUCAGAAAUCUGACAAAGAUAAUGGCAAUUCAAAAUCCAAAGCAUUAAUGCAUAAAAAUGGGAUUCAUGUAGGUAAUAAAAGGAAGGAUGAGGAGAUCAAAGAGUCAAAAUCCCUGAAAGAUAAAGCAAUACAUCCAGAAAACAGAAAAAAAAAUGCAAGCUUUACAAAGCGAACACUGAGUCACACAGACUUGUUUGGUGAUGACAGUAGUGAUGAUGAAAGCACCAGUAAACCAGUUGCUGCAGCGACUUAUAAGUCAGAUUCAAACUCUGACCGAGACCCCUAUACCAGUUCGAGUGAUGGUGAAACGGGGGGAAACUUGCAACAAAGAUCUUUGUCUUCAGAGGAUGAAGUUGAUUUCCCUGGUCUUGAAAAGGAUUUUGAUUUUGAGUCUGAUCCUAUGGAGGAAUGUCUAAGGAUUUUCAAUGAGUCUAAAGAAGUAAAGAAUGAAGAUAAGGGCAGAGUUUCCAAGCAGGUGUCCAUGGAAGUUAAUGAAGAAAAAGAACCCAGUCUAACCACACUUUUCCCAGGGCAGAAAAGGAGAAUUUCACAUGUUUCAAAACAAGAAAAUGUGGAACCAGCGAAGCCAGUCAUCCGUCCUUUUCGUAGACUUACUGCUCAGGAGGUUUGUUAUCAACGGAGUUUGAUGGCACAGCAGCAAGCUGCACAGCUGGCAGAAGUGGAAAAAGCAGUUAGCACAUCUUUCACCAAUCGAGGGGAGAAGAGAAGAAUUGCACAUAAGCCAAAAGCAGAUGCAAUGCCGUCAGCAAAACAAUCUCCAGUAAAGCUGAAGACGGAAUCUUUAAAUAGAUCUGUAGUAUCUCCUAAUUGCCCAAGAAACAGCAACCUCAAUUUAAAAUCUCAAACCAUUGCUGGUAUGGCAUCAAAAACUGUAUCUACUACAGCACAGAGGAGGAUAGCUCAUGCUCCCACUUUGAAGCCAAGCUUGAAGAGACCCACAAUUCCUACAGAAUAUGGCUCCAAAGUUCCCACCAAUGUGAGACAGCGAUAUUUGAACGUGUUCAUUGAUGAAUGUUUGAAAUUCUGUGGAUCUGAACAAAUGGCUUUUGAAAAGGCCUUGAGUGAAGAGAAGGCUGUAUAUCACCGAAGCACUAGUAGGACAGUGUACCUGAAUGUGGCUGUAAAUACCUUAAAGAAACUGAGGAGUCAAAAUGAUAUCAUGCCAUCACCUACAAAGAAGCCUGCUGCUGUAUGUGCAAACAAGAAAGUCCAGUCACAUGAAACAUUGCUUGGGGGAAAGUUGGCCAUGAAGACAAGUUUCACUCUAAAUAGAUCUGGAAAGCAGCAAGAUGUUGAACUUACAGGCACCGUGCUGUACAAGAAGCUGACAGAGUAUGUUUUAACAGAAGAGCAAUUGCAAGAAAAUUCCUACCCAAGACCUCAUCCAGAGAAGCCUGGUAUUGCAGUGCUUUAUAAUCAGGAUGAGAGAAAGAAUAACAAUGACUCUUUAACAAGGAUCUGCUGUCGUUGCGGAGCUGAGUACUGUGUUUCUGUCAGUGGGGAUUGUAUCCGCAAAGAAGAGUGCAACUACCACUGGGGACGGUUACGUCGACAUAAAAUACCUGGUGGUUGGGAAACACAGUACAGUUGCUGUGGAGGAGCAGUAGGAUCUGCAGGAUGUCAGACAGCAAAGCAGCAUGUACAGGACGGUCGUAAAGAAAAAUUAGCUGGUUUCAUGAAGACGUUUGAUAAAGAAAUGCCACCAGAUGAAAACCCAGGUAUCUUUGCCCUGGAUUGUGAGAUGUGCUACACAAAGCAAGGUUUGGAGCUGACCAGAUUGACUGUUAUCAAUCCAGAUCUAAAGGUGGUUUAUGAUACAUUUGUCAAACCAGACAGCAAAGUCAUUGAUUAUAACACCAGAUUUUCUGGUGUAACAGAGGAGGAUAUGGAGAGUACAACAAUAACUAUUCGUGACGUACAAGCAGUAUUACUGAACAUGUUCAGUGCUGGAACCAUAUUAAUUGGGCACAGCUUGGAAAGUGAUUUAUUUGCACUAAAGCUUAUACAUAGCACAGUGAUUGACACAGCAGUUGUGUUUCCACAUCGACUGGGAUUCCCGUAUAAAAGAGCACUGAAAAAUUUGAUGGCAGACUACCUCAAACGCAUCAUCCAGGAUAAUGUUGAAGGACAUGAUUCCAGUGAAGAUGCUAGUGCCUGCAUGGAAUUAAUGAUGUGGCGAUUAAAAGAAGAUGCAAAAUUGAGAAGAUGACAUCUCCUGUCUUUUGUUCACAUGUGCAAAGGACUAACGUUGCCAACAAAAAUCAUAAAGAUGUUGUGAUUUAUAAUUGUCUUGCAGAACAAAAGGCAAAGUUUAGGCUGUUAAAAGAUGACCCAAAACUGCCUUUUUUGUUUACAGUAUUUAUUUGUUUUUAUAUAUGUAAAAAUCUUGUCAUAAAAAUUACUCCACACCCAUUGUAAAUGUUCAGUGGCCACAGUUGUUAGACUUAGUAGCAUUUUGACAUUUCUUUAAAGUGGCAUUCCAAGAAAUGCAGUCAUUCUUGCUGCUAAGCAACUCGUAUGUAUGGGUAAGUACAACUCAACAAUACAAAGCCAGUGGAUUUUUAAAAAAUCCGAUUUAAGAAAAACAUUUUGACUAUCGACCCAAAGAUAGAUUAUGCUUUUUCUUAACUUUUCUGUUUCAUUUCUUCAAUGUUGUGUGUUAUGUGAUUUUCAAUGCUGAAAGGAUUAAAAAUCUGAUUCUUUUAUAUGUAAAGCCUGCUGAAUAACUUUUUCACUUUAGCUGCACACAAUUUUUCAGAAGUGUUUUUGUAAGACUGAUUUGAUAUAUUAUCUUUCGUGUCUACGGUUACAUUAUAGUUAGAAACAACAGACUUUUGAGUUGUUGCUCAGAUAUCACUUCCUCACUCCUUUCUCGUUCCACUCCAGAACUUAGGACAGACUGGCUGACUUUUUCUUUGUGUCUCGUUUUCAUUAAGCCUAGCCUCACCUCUCACCUCUCUGUUAUGCUUUUUAAUUGGCCAUGCGGGUCCAUAUUAAGACAAUUGUAGACCAAACAAGACAUGUUGACUUCCAAUUUCAUAUCGUUUGCACUACCUAAUCAUAUGUUACUGCCUAAUUCCAUACUGACAGAUUUAUUGUGGCUUUGUUACUAGAUUGAUCCCAUGCAUGUUAUUGCCCAUUUGGUUUCCUUUCUCUUACUAUAUCUUUCUAUCUUCACACCAAUUGUUGCAUCUGAAAUGAGAAAUUAUUAGGGACUAACUUUAGUGAAUAUAUCAUAAAAAUGUGCCACAUUGUUUAGCAACAACAUACAGCAAGGACACAUUCCCGCACACACUCUUUUGUGCAUAAGUCUAAAAUCUCAAUGCAUUUUAGAAAGAAAGUUGGACUGAACUGUUAAAUGGAAUAUAGGUAUUUUUACAGUAAAUGUUUGGCUGCUUUUAGUAGCUUAAAAUUGUACCUCAAUGGCAAUAUGUCUUUAACAAAAUGGAAGUUCUGCUUUACAUGCUGAAUAUUAGAUGAAUUGAACUUGCUUUAUAAGCUUCUAUGAUAGCACUAAACACUUGUUCUAGCAAGAAUUCAGAUAGGGCUUUAGUUGCACAUUAUGAUAUUUGACCUGCAGAAUAAUCAUGUCCUGAUAGUUACAGUUGGUUUUAUUGCUUAUCCAGCAAAUAGUAGAAAUAUUAUCUUUUUUAAAGUUUAUAUAUAUAUAUAUAGAUAUAUAUGUAUGUAAAUAUUUGUGUGUUUUUUCAAGGGUGAAACACUAGAGAGACUACAGGUAUUCUAAAGUUUCCUAAAUGUCACCAGUUUGUGAAAAUCACUGGGGCCCUAAGAUUGUGUUGUACCUUGUAACUGCUUUACAUAUUCCUGAAAUGGUAAAUAUUAUACUUAAGGUGGCUUGGCACACUGGAGUCUGCCAUGAAUUGUUGUUUGAAGGCAGUAGUUUUCAAUCUUGACAAGGUAGUUUGACAGUCAUUGAGUAAUUUUGGAUACAUUGCAACAUGUGACAAAGGGCUAAUGUUGCAGGAGACAAUUCUGCAACAGUGUAAAAUAAAGAAAUUUUGUUGGUUAAGAAAACUACUGCAGGCUUCCUGAAAGCUCAGUUGAUUUAUUCAGUGUGGAAAAGAACCAUUAGGGCUGGACAGGUUCAGUUUUAGUCUCAAAUCUAUGCUGCAUUGUUUAAUUGCAGUGGGUCACAAGGGUAAUACUUCUAAUCUCUGAGCUAAGGAAGGGAAGAUCAACUAGGGUUCCCAAUCCUAGUUAUUAGCCGCUGACAGUACAUAUGCAAGGGUAACUGAAGGCCAGGGUGGGGUACAUGGGGGCUGUCAGUUUGCAUAGAAACAUAUCUUACAUCAAUUAAUACUUUCCUGUUGGGAGGGGAAGAUGGUGCUAUCACAUUGUCUUUUUUUACAACUUGAAUAGUAAGUAAAGACAAAUAUCUGCACUGAAUAUUCUUGGGAGGAAAAGUUAACAUUUUAUUUCUUCAAAUUAUUUUUAUCAAACUUCCUUAAUGAUCUUGAUGACUAAGUCAACAAAUGCAUCAUAUGGUGUGAUCCAAAGCCAUACAAAAGUUCCUAGAUUCUAGUCCUGGUUUGAACAAGGUUAGCUGAUCUCAGAGCAGCAGUUGGGCUACCACAAUUUGCCUUUGAUCUUUUCUUUAACCCGAGAGCACAAGUCACCUAGGGAUCCUGUGCUUGAUUGCUGUCCUAUCGCUACUGCUAGAAAGGUGUCUGGUGAGGACAGAAUCUGACUUAACUGUGAAGGGCUGCAAAUGACAAUAGCCUCCUAACAUUUACUGUGGCCACUUGAUUGAGGUACUGACUGGAGUGCUGCUGGCACAUGGAAUUGACCCCACCAGGAAUUGAGAAAGGAGCAAAUGGGAAAUCUGUGUUCCUAUUUAUGUUGUUUAAUUUUUUUGUUAAAUGCACAAUAUUUCAUUAUUGUUUAGAACUGCAGCUAAAAAAAUUCACUGUCUUAGGCUUUCUCUUGUGGCUUAUUUCAGAAAAGGUGAUGGUGUUCAGGAAUAAAGAUGAAUUAAACUCUUAAAAAUGAAUGCCUUGUCUGCCCUGUGCUUGCAAUACUUGGGCAGCCUUUUCCCACAUUAUCCCAAGUUUUAAUAAAUUGGGAUAGUACUUUAUUUAAAUGGCCAGGCCUCUAUUCAGGUGGUCUGAGUUUGAUUCUCUGCUUCCAAUGGCACUCAUUCUGUUUCAGAAAACCAGCUUCUAGACUACUAAUUAAAUAGGCUACUUCAUGAUGACGGAACAGGACAAAAAUGCUGUAGAGUCGCACCUCUUGCUUGCUAUUGAACAGUAUUAGUGUGAGGGAAAAACCUUUGGGCCAGACAGUCCUAUCAUCUUAGUUUAAAGUAAUGGAAAGAGUGGGCUGCAAGUCAUACUUUGACUAAGUUGAAAUUUUUGUUGGGGAUAAAUUAUGAAGUAAUACACGUUUGUAAAGUCAUGUUAUAAUUGGUAGCAAAGUUUGCGGGUUUGGAGAAGGAUUAUCCAUCAAGAACUUUUGAUUUAAUUAUAAGUACUAAGAAUAACAGUAGAAUUUUCAUUUGAAAUGUACAAGAGCUAGAGAAAAUAUUGGGAAACAUCAUCACCUUUUAAGUUUUGUUUAAAGACCCCUCAAAUUGGUACUAAAACAUGGCAUCUGUUAAUAUUUUAAUCAGUUUAAUGUAUUACAUGUUUCAAGUUUGUGAUUUGUUUCAUGUUUAAUUUUGAAUGUAUAGUACUAAGAUUCUAUGAAAAUAAUGCAAUGAGGGAGGGGUUAUGCUCAAUCAGUGCAGUGCCCUGAUGUACAGUAAGCAUGAAAAUGCAGUGAGUAAUGUAAAGAUUUAUAGUAUUCAAAAGAUGUUCUUUUUGUAGGCCUUUAUGACUGGUCUCUGAACAGAAAAUAAUUGCUAAUGAUUUGGAAAGACGAAUUGAAAAAUUUAAAUACAGUACUGAAUUUUAAAUCACAUUGGAUAGAAAACUAAACUUCUGUAGCAUCUACUAAGCAUUACUAAGAGGUGGAACCGAGAGUAUAUAUACAUAUAUAUAUUCUGUAGUAAUUUACAUUUCCUGUUUUGCAAUAAAUCUUUUUUUAAAAAACUU